CUUCAUAGAGUCAGAAUAAUUAGGCGGACAUUGGAGUUUGUAUAAUUUCUUUAAUGGAAGACUGACGCGCACAUUAACCACACCACACGUGGGUUUCUCUUUCUCGAUUUUUGCCCUUAUUUUUUAGGGGAUCCGAGGGACACUGUCGGAAUGUCAAUGCCACUGCUUGCACCUGAAAGUAUGGAGGCUGAAGCAUCGAUUCCCUCAGAUUCACUCCGGGCUCAGAUUUCCAAAUUUACUUCCUUUGCCGCUGAAGCUUACAAAAGAAAGCCAAUCCAUUAUUGGAUUUUUCUUGUUCUUGGCAUCUUGGCAAUGCUUGUGGCAUUUCCUGCUUCCAGCAUUGUGUCUCGUGUUUACUAUGAUAACGGUGGGCAGAGCAAGUGGAUCAUAUCUUGGGUGGCUGUUGCUGGAUGGCCCCUAACUGCCUUAAUACUGUUUCCUACAUACAUUAUCAGUAAAACCUUUCCUACCCCUCUGAACCUGAAACUCACUCUGUCUUAUAUCAUUUUGGGUUUCUUAAGUGCUGCUGAUAACCUCAUGUAUGCUUACGCCUAUGCUUACCUCCCUGCAUCUACUGCCUCACUCGUGGCAUCAUCAUCGCUUGUGUUUUCUGCACUAUUUGGAUAUUUUCUUGUGAAGAACAAAGUGAAUGCUUCAAUAGUAAAUGCUGUUUUUAUCAUAACUGCUGCAUUGACCAUCAUUGCCUUGGACUCAAGUUCAGACAAAUAUCCCAAUAUCAGUGACAGUGAAUACAUCAUGGGAUUUGUAUGGGAUGUUUUGGGAUCUGCUCUUCAUGGGCUUAUUUUUGCCCUCUCAGAGCUGGUGUUUGUGAGGUUAUUGGGAAGAAGAUCCUUCAUUGUGGUUUUGGAACAGCAAGUCAUGGUUUCUCUAUUUGCUUUUCUGUUUACCACUGUAGGGGUAAUUGUGAGUGGUGAUUUUCAGGGAAUGGCACAUGAGGCUACCACUUUCAAAGGUGGUAGAGCUGCUUAUGUUCUUAUUAUUGUUUGGGGUGCAAUCACUUUUCAGUUGGGGGUCUUGGGAGGCACUGCUGUUAUUUUCUUGGGUUCUACUGUGCUAGCUGGUGUACUUAACGCAGUAAGAACACCCAUAACAAGCAUUGCAGCUGUUAUUCUGCUGAAUGAUCCAAUGAGUGGUUUCAAGAUCCUCUCCCUAGUGAUCACCAUUUGGGGCUUUGGCUCAUAUAUCUAUGGCAGUUCUAUGAGGGAAAAAAAUCAUGAGAGUGUAGCUACAUAUUCUAGUCCAUAGGAUUCUCCUUAGAUAUUGAAGGAUGCGAUUGUUGUAAAGUAAGUAUAUAGUAAUUCAUGCUGUGGUUGAUUGAGAAUUCCAUUUCUUAACAAUCACUUUUCAGAUAUUCAAAGGACAUGAUUGUUGUAAAGCACGCAUAUAAAUCACGAAUUUUCCUUUCAUAACCUA